AUGAGUGUCAAUUGUGAGAUUAAUUUAAACAAAACUGGAUCUUAUCACGGUGGAGACGAAGUAUCUGGCAUAAUAAGGUAUGCAUUAGACGAACCGAUGGUGACUGACAGCAUUACCGUCUCCUUAAAAGGAGGUGGUCUCUUGAAAAUACAAAGACGACAUCGCAACCGUACUAGAAGAUACACCAGUAGAGAAGUUUACGUUGACAUCGAUAAGAUAAUGCAAGGACACUCCACAAUCGAAGCUGGACAGCACGAGAUACAAUUCAAAUUUAAACUACCAGAUAAAAUUCCACCAACAUUCAAUUAUAUAAAAUAUUACACAGUACACCCCAUCAUCUGCAAAAUUAAAUAUUACAUUCGUAUGAAAAUCUACAGGCCAGGACUGUUACAUUUGACCAAACAUUUUCGUAAAGAAAUCAAUGUCGUGUCUACAUUAACUCCAACACUACCAAUGGAGCCUGCAAUGUAUGGAGCAAGAAGCAAAUUAUUUCAACUAUGUUCAAGCAAAACUAGCACAGUAAUAAUGAAAGCUAAUAUUCUCAAUUCAGUAAUACCAAUCGGUGGAACGAUCGAAAUACAGAGUGAAAUUGAAAACGAUACUAAUAUUAUAAUAAAAAAUGUUGAAGUUAAACUUUUAGAGGUGCUCAAAAUUAAGGUCAAAGGAAAUAGUGCUUUGAAGUUUUAUGAUCAAAUACAAAUUUGUGAAAGUAAGACUGGUUCUAUACAAAGUGGUGCAACACAAGUGAUACCGAUUAAUGUUGUUGUACCUUCGGAUAAGACUACUAUACAACAUUCUGCAAUGGUGUCAAGGGACUAUACUUUUAGAAUAACCGCUAAUCUGCCAUGUUUUCAUGGACCUGUCGUAUUGGAGGUACCUGUACAGAUAGGAGAUCUUCAAAAAGAGGAGCUGAAUGAUGGUCUACCUUCAUACUGGGAGGCUAUGGGUGAGGCUGAGAAGCAUAAUUCUAGUGAUGAGGACGAUCAGUAA